AUGCGAGUGAAGCUAUACUCUCCAAGGCAUCCUCUGCAUCCUAGCACUUGUUCAAUGGGUGCCGGUGGUCUCUGGAUGCCCUUCCACUGCGACGACCCGCGCACCGGUCGAUGGGCGGCGGAAACAUUGGACGAACUCUUCACGUACGAGACUCAGGGGCAGGCUGAUGGAGGCCAAGAACAGCUGGUAGAGAUUGUCCCUAUCUUGAAGCUGCUAGAGGAAUCUGGCAGGCCUGUCAGUGACGAACCGGGGACGGACAACUUCGGUGACCCGGAGGAGUGGACUAAGGAUCCGAGGCUUCACUUUCAGCGCUUGUCUAUAGAAAAGCUGUUCCAACUGAACAAGGUGAAUCGGUUUAGGCUUCCUUUCAAGCACGAGCUUAUCGACGCUGGUUAUCGAUAUGGACACUUGUUCUUUCCGCCCAUAGUGAACUCACCGCUUAUGCUUGCUCACCUGUUGGAGGAGGCAUCGAAGACGCUGGAGGAGGUAGAUGUGCCGUCGUCCCCAGCAGACGAAACAAGAGAAUUCUGUGAAUCGAUGAGCGAUGUUAUGGACCUUGCUGCCACAAAGAACUGUGACGCAGUCGUUAACUGCACAGGCUUGGGUUCCCGCCAGCUUUGUCAGGACAAUGAAGUGCUCGGAGCACGAGGAAUUCUUCUCAACUUUGAGAGGACGGAAUUAGGACGCCGGGAACCAAAUGGCGACGAAGCAAACAGAAAGGAUAUUGCCAUCAUGGCUGAGAGCGGCCCCUGGGCUAGCGAAACGAUGCCCUGCUACAUGAUCCCACGUGGAUCGCGGAUUGUUGUGGGGGGCAGCUAUUUAGAGGAGGAUGGCUGCCAGACCAUCACCCAGGAGGAGAGAGCCCAGCUUUUUCGGAAUGCCUUCCAUCUUGGGAUCGAUCUUGACAAAAGCAGGCCAGUGCAGCAGUGGGUCGGAUUUCGACCCUACAGGCCCAUGGUUCGAUGCCAGGUUGAUCCCAACUACAUAGGGUCCUCUAUCAAGCUCAUACAUAACUAUGGGCAUGGUGGCAGUGGAUGGACUGUCAAUGUUGGAGCUGCCAAGGAAUGUGCUUCCUUGGUACAAGAGGCACUGCAGGGGUGA